AUGAAAAUCGAACAAUUGACUCAUCUUGCUAGCCACUUCUUGGAUUAUGUGCAGUGGACGCCGCUGCUCAAGUUUGCCGUGGCCACGAUUCUGUUCAACCCGAUUUUCUGGAACAUUGUGGCGAGAUUGGAACAUAGAACCCAUUUCUUGACUAAAUUGGCUGGCGGCGCUUACAAUGGCUGUUAUCUUUUAGCAGCCACCAUCUUCCUGUUGGGAAUCUACCGUGACCACGUUUACCAUGGUGCAUUGCUUGCACAGCCCACAUAUUUGCCAAUGGUGGAGUCGGGCUUGGUCAAGGCUUUGGCUGUGGCAGCGUUUGGCGUGGGCAACGUGCUUGUCUUGUCGUCAAUGUGGGCAUUGGGCGUGACGGGAACGUAUUUGGGCGACUAUUUUGGCAUUUUGAUGAAGGAACGCGUGACGUCUUUCCCGUUCAAUGUGAAUGACAAUCCAAUGUACAACGGAUCGACCUUGUGCUUUUUGGGCACGGCCUUGUGGUACGGGAAACCAGCAGGCUUGCUUGUGACAGCGUUUGUGUUUGUUAUGUAUAAGAUUGCUUUGUUUUUCGAAGAGCCUUACACGGCCAAGAUCUACGCCCACAGAAAUAAGACAGAGUGA